UGUCCUUCCUCUCAGACUCCGGCCCGAAGCCAGAUAAGCACACCAAACGCGCUGCUUGGAACAAAGCCUGGGAGGAUCACCUGAAAACGUAUCACAAUUUCCAUAACCUCAAGGGAUACUAUGCCUCCCUUCCUCCAGCACUACGUGCCCUGGCCAACUCUCCCGACCUCAUCAUCCAGCUGGACAAGCAAAGCGACUAUACCAUCACACUCCAGCAGGACAUCCGAGGGUUUGCUCUGGAGAAGCUCGCCACAGAUAACUUUGCGGAAAAAUGGAAGGAAAUGGGGAAGAAGCGCCGUGAAGAGCUUGUUCUGGAGGCAUUCUACCAGGUUGCGUGCAUUGCGCAGGACAUAGAAGACCACAGGAAGUGGUGUCCGGAAAUGACUGUCAAUGAGAUGGCAAGGAACGAUGGGGACGGAUUCUUGGCGUUGGUGAGGCUGGUGAUCACCGAGGAUCCCUCUGUGCCACAGCAAAAGCCCAUUCAGUUCUCAAAUGUGCUGUUCGACAGACUUUAUAACGUCGAAAAUAUGGGCGACAUGGUGCAUGGCUUCCAGUCGAGCAGGUGCUACUACAUUUCCCUGUUCAUAUGGCGCAUUUUCCUUAUUUUCGACAACAAAACUGAACAGAACGUGCUUGUCAAGCCUUUGAGUGCCACCAAAGAAGAGAUGAAGGCCAUGAAGGCUGCCAACGUCGAGACCUUUGGGAAGGAGAAAGCCAAGGACGUGCAUAGGGCAGUUACCCAACGGGUGGCAGGGCAAGUUCCUGUGUGUUGGAAUUGUGGCUUGGACCAGUCGCGGCUUGGACCAGAGAAGAUCCUCCGCGCAUGUGUCCGAUGCAAAGGUAUUGGGAGGACUAUUUUGUACUGCUCUAAGGAAUGUCAGACGAACGAUUGGAAAAAUGGCCGUCCUCGCCCUCAUAAAUCGAUCUGUGGCCAAACACAUAUCGAGCGACAGCUGGAUGUACAACCUACAGCGAUAGACAACAGCGAGUCAGAGGACGGUCCUUGGAUUCCAGAACCAGAACCAGGAUAUGUGAGAUCGGCUACUCUGUUGUACCAGAUCAAGCUUCUAAAGGAGAAUCCAAACUGCGAAUAUGUGGUAACGAGACCAGCACCGCAUCCUGACAUCGGGGUGCAAUUUAGCCGCGCUCUCGGGAACAUGAUGUUCAUAAUUUCAAGAAAACGAGGAAUGCAAAACGGCGAUUCACAUUCUGUCCAUGUGAUGUACAAUUUUCUUUCGGAGAGCGCGAAGGGGCACGGCAUCCCUGCAUCAGACGUCCAGAAGCAAUUAGAGAAGGAGUAUGGUGUCAAGAUCGUUCCCAAAGAGAAACCGUCGAAGUAGG